UAAGGAGGAAAACAGCCUUUUCUGUACAGAAAAGAUUCAUUUUUUUAUUUGAUGAAGUUGGUUCCUUGCAGAAGAUGAAGGAAGGCCCAGAGGAUCCUUUCCAGUAUGAGCCUGGACCUGGGUCUUCAUUACCCUCUGAUGGACCAAGCUCAUCUCAACCAUUUACUGUGCAGGAAUAUAUUUCCAACCUCUCUGAGGAGGACUGGAUGGCUUUCAGCAGCCUGUUGAACCCCCCUAUGUCAAGGUGCCAGUUUGUGGAGAUUUGUCAGACUGUGCUGAAGGUGGCCAGCUCCAGCUCCAUGGGUAUGAUUCUACCAGUUUUUUCAUGUAUGGAGAGAGAUCUGGAGUGCUACUCAUACAGCCCCUCAAGGUCUAAGAGUGCAGGUUCGUCCUCCUCAGAUAAGAUCACUGGAGCUCCGACAGGUCUGGGCGGCAUGCUGCGGAUGCAAGGCGCCAUGGCAGCCUUCCACAAGUGCACUGCAGCAUGGCGCCGUCCUGUCUCAGCUCUUGCUAAUGUGGUCCGUCCUCCCUCCAUGACUAAGCUUCGCGUUUACCUUGCCAAGCGCAGACCUUCUCCUGACCUGACUGAUGUUGUCACCGUGACGCGUCCUCCCACUGUGACUGAGCUUCGGGUUUACAGCGCCAAUCGCAUGCCUUCUCCUGAUCUGCCUGAAGUUGCUAGUGUGCUGCGACAUGAGGAGGAAUCCCAUGACCCAACAGGCAUCGACAGGAUAGUGGAAAGAGUGUUGUCCAAUGAAGGCAUCGACUACGUCGCCAAACACCUGGUUGGCCAAAUGCUUGGUGUUCUUCAGGAGGGUAGGCCGUCUGCGACUACAGGCAAAUGCAGCCCCAGCUCACAGCUCACUGAGAUGUACUCUUAUGCAGAGGCAGCGAUCAAAGACCUGCUCCAGCCUUAUUUCCUGCCUCUUGUGGCUCAUGCUGCUUCUGUGGACAGUGCAGGAUUGAGACCUGCUGCUUCUGCAGCCCCUAAUGCAGUAGAUGGUGUUCAAGCCAAAGCAAAUGCUGAGGAUGCAGCAUGUUCUCAGAGCAGGGCCCAAAGCUCCAGGUCCAGCACUGCCAGCUGUGAGCUGGACAUGACCCAGCCAGACUCGUCCGCAUUGCGGGUGCGCGCCAGCAUGGUGAGCUUCUUCACCGAUCUGAUGGUCAACCAGAUGAUGGACAAGCUUUCCUUGGACGUACCUGCGCAUCGGGACGCUGCAGACGAAUCAGAUGCAAGAAGUGCAAGAGGUCCCGAGGGCUGCUUGACCAGUGUCCUCAUGUUGCGUCUGUUGGCAAACAUGAGGGAUGGAGGGAGAUCCUCCGUUGAUAAGGGAAUGCUUCAAGAGCUCAUCGACAAAAUCCUGUCAGAGUUCCGAAGCGGUGCCUCUGGAGUGCCAAACGUCCAUGGGUAUUUGAACAACGCCAGGAUUCAGAACAUCAACAGGACCAUGGAGAAGUUUCUGCUGAAGGAGUUUGGCUCCAAAAACAUCCUGCAGAGAGCAGCGAACCCAAAGGAUGACUCGUUUAACACGACCUUUCUGGCAAAGUUGAGCGAAGUCUUGAAUGCAGAUGUCACUGGUGCCUCAUCUGCCCUCAGGGGUUCAUUUCACCUCGGGUCAGGAGCCAAAGCAACAGGUGGAAUGAAAACAGGGAAGAAAUCCAAAUUUGGAGUCAAGCUACCAAAUAGACGAAAGCGAAGCUCAAAGGUGUCUCCGAUCAAUGUUGGUGCUGACAAGUGUCAACAAACUGUUACACCUGCUCCAUCCAGGAACACCUCUGCUGCAGAUGCUCACAAAGUGAAGCCUCGUAAACGUUCCUGGAUCAAGAAGCUAUUCACCUGCUGCGUCUCCCAGGGAACUCAAUUUUAAACAAACCCCACACAUCCAACACCACCUAAAAGCUGUUUCCUCCAUCCCCAUCCAUUCCAUAUCCAUAAUGUCAACACACACAAAAUUAUAUUUUGAGAUGUAACAGAGAAAACCACUUAUCACCUCACAAAACACACACACAAGCAAUACUAAAACAAAUAAAUUAAACCCCAACAAGA